AUGACAAGUCCAGAAGACUCUACCACCCUUAAUAUAGUAACUAAUUCGCUAAAAACUGAGAACGGAAGGUAUGAGCUAAAAUUACCAUGGAAAGGAGAAGAGUACAAUAGUAUUAUUAAGCAGUAUCAAGAAAAGGGAUACUUGGGGAAAAUCAAUCAAAGGGAUCUUGGAGAUAGUUGGUACUUACCACAUUUUCCAAUUCUUUGUCCUGAUAAAUCAACUACAAAAGUCAGAAUUGUAUUUGAUGGAUCUGCAAAAUAUAAUGACCUUGUUACUGUUUUGCUGAGAUUUCGAAAAUACCCAGUAGCUUUAGCUUGUGAUCUAGCAGAAAUGUAUUUAAAAAUUAGAAUACAUAAAGAUGACCAAAGGUACCAACGAAUUUUAUGGAGAAACCUAGAUUCAAAUGCCGAGCCUGAGGUAUUUCAGUUUAAUCGGCUCGUAUUUGGAAUCAACUCAGCGCCUUUUAUGGCUCAAUUUGUAACGCAAGAACACGCAAAAAAGUAUGCAAAAAAAUUUCCUUUGGCUUCUGAAGCUGUUCUUGAAACAACUUACAUGGACGACACAAUAACUUCUGUAGUUGAUGAAAAAGUAAAAGAAAUUCAAUUAUACAAUGAACUCACGCUAUUAUGGGGUUCAGCAGGAAUGUUUGCACGAAAGUGGCUUUCAAACUCGGUCGAAGUUCUUAAAAUAACACCAGAAAAUGAUCGUGCAGAACAUAUAAGUUUAGAUUCUGUAGAAUUGUCUGCAAUGAAAACACUUGGAGUUGUCUGGAAAGCAAAACCUGAUUUAUUUAGUUUUCAUUCUGUAACAACCGAAGAAAAUACGGUAUAUACAAUACGAAUUUUGCUUAAGAAAUGGCAACAACUGUGGAUUGAUGGAAUUGAGUGGGAUGAUGCAGUUCCGGAUAGGAUUGCAAAUAAUGUUGAUCAAUGGUUUCAAGAACUAAACGAUCUCCCAAAAAUAAAUAUUCCCAGAUGUUUAAAAACAACCUCAACAGUAACAAAUAGGUCAUUCCAUGUUUUUACGGAUGCAUCUUGUAAAGCUUACGGUGCUGUUGCUUACCAACAAUGUUUAUAUGAUAUAGGAGAAGUGACUUGUGUGAUCAUAAUAUCAAAAGCCCGAAUAAAAAAUCAAAGUCGAAAGUUGAAACAAUUUGUUGCCAACCGUGUUGAAUUCAUUCAAUCAAAGACUGAACUAAAACAAUGGAGAUACAUACCAACAAAAACUAAUGUAGCUGAUUUACUAACAAGAGGAACAACAGUUAAAGAAUUAGAAAGCAAUUAUGUAUGGUGGCAUGGACCAAGUUUCCUUAAUUCUUUAGAAGAAAAAUGGCCACAGAAUCACAUUGAAGUUACACAAGAGGCUUCAAUUGAAGUAAAGAAAAAUCCAGUAUUAAUGAAUUUUGCAUUAUCCACUGAAGGUGAUAUAGCAGCUGAUGAAUAUCAUGAAAGCGAAAAAGAAAUCAUAACUAAAGCUCAAAAAGAAAGCUUUAAAGAAGAAUAUAGCAACAUUGAAAAAGGAAAACCGAUAUCGAUAUCAAGCAUAAUUAUUUCUUUAAAUCCGCAAAUUGACGAAGACGGAUUAUUGCGAUCUUGCAGUCGAUUGCAAAAUGCCCAUUAUUUACCCUACGAUGUUAAAUAUCCAAUCAUUUUGCCGAGAGGACAUUAA